GCCCCACCUCCUUUCCCGGAGGGAGGAGGGGGAGGACAGUAUAUAAGUAGCGCUGCCGCCCUAGACGUUCUUUUUCGCAACGGGUUUGCCGCCAGAACACAGGUGUUGUGAAAACCAUCGCUAAACCUCCACAAAAAUGGGCAAGGAAAAGACUCACAUUAACAUUGUCGUCAUUGGACACGUAGACUCUGGCAAGUCCACCACUACUGGCCACCUCAUCUACAAAUGUGGUGGAAUUGAUAAGAGAACCAUUGAGAAGUUUGAGAAGGAGGCUGCUGAGAUGGGAAAGGGCUCCUUCAAAUAUGCCUGGGUCUUGGAUAAGCUGAAGGCUGAACGUGAGCGUGGUAUCACUAUUGAUAUCUCCCUGUGGAAAUUUGAGACCAGCAAGUACUAUGUGACCAUUAUUGAUGCUCCAGGACACAGAGACUUUAUCAAGAACAUGAUUACAGGCACAUCUCAGGCUGACUGUGCUGUCUUGAUUGUUGCUGCUGGUGUUGGUGAAUUUGAAGCUGGUAUCUCAAAGAAUGGGCAGACCCGUGAGCAUGCCCUUCUGGCAUACACGCUAGGUGUAAAACAACUGAUUGUUGGUGUAAACAAAAUGGAUUCCACCGAGCCCCCCUACAGCCAGAAGAGAUAUGAGGAAAUUGUCAAGGAAGUCAGUACCUAUAUUAAGAAAAUUGGCUACAACCCUGACACAGUAGCUUUUGUGCCAAUUUCAGGUUGGAAUGGUGACAACAUGCUGGAGCCUAGCUCUAAUAUGCCUUGGUUCAAGGGAUGGAAAGUCACUCGAAAGGAUGGCAAUGCUAAUGGAACUACACUGCUUGAAGCUUUGGAUUGCAUCCUGCCACCGACUCGUCCAACUGACAAGCCCCUUCGUCUACCCCUCCAAGAUGUCUACAAGAUUGGCGGUAUUGGUACUGUACCUGUUGGCCGAGUGGAAACUGGUGUUCUAAAACCAGGCAUGGUGGUCACCUUUGCCCCAGUCAAUGUUACAACUGAAGUAAAGUCUGUUGAAAUGCACCACGAAGCUUUGAGUGAGGCUCUACCAGGGGAUAACGUCGGUUUCAAUGUCAAGAACGUGUCUGUCAAAGAUGUCCGCCGUGGUAACGUGGCUGGUGAUAGCAAGAAUGAUCCACCUAUGGAAGCAGCUGGCUUCACUGCACAGGUCAUUAUCCUGAAUCAUCCUGGCCAAAUCAGUGCUGGCUAUGCACCUGUUCUGGAUUGUCACACUGCUCACAUUGCUUGCAAGUUUGCUGAACUGAAGGAGAAGAUUGAUCGUCGUUCUGGUAAGAAGCUGGAAGAUGGCCCUAAAUUCCUGAAAUCUGGUGAUGCUGCCAUUGUUGACAUGGUUCCAGGCAAGCCAAUGUGUGUGGAGAGCUUCUCUGAUUAUCCUCCUCUGGGUCGUUUUGCUGUUCGUGAUAUGAGGCAGACUGUUGCAGUUGGCGUCAUCAAGGCAGUUGACAAGAAGGCUGCUGGAGCUGGCAAGGUUACAAAAUCUGCCCAGAAGGCCCAGAAGGCUAAAUGAAUAUUCUGUACAAUACCUGCCACCCCAGUCUUAAUCAGUGGUGGAAGAACGGUCUCAGAACUGUUUGUCUCAAUUGGCCAUUUAAGUUUAAUAGUAAAAGACUGGUUAAUGAUUACAAUGCAUCGUAAAAGCUUCAGGAGGAAAGGAAUGUUUUUGUGGACCAUUUGUUUCGUGGCAGUUUUAAGUUAUUAGUUUUUAAAAUCAGUAAUUUUUAAAUGGAAACAACUUGACCAAAAAUCUGUCACAGAAUUUUGAGACCAUUAAAACAGUUUAAUGCGAAA